CUCUGGGUAAGCUAUCAGCAUCAGUUCUGCAGGGAAUCCAGAACCCAGAACGUUCGGUGAAGAAUCCUGUUGACAUUUUAUUGGAACUGUUGGAAUAUUACUAUUAAUGCUGAAGGAUACAAUUCUAAUCCUUUUUAUUGAAUAAAACAUCUGGCACUUGAUAUUGUUUUAUAUCAACGCUGCAUCCACUUUAGACUCUGGAAUAAGGAGCACUGCGGGGUUUAUUUUUUGUUGGGGGGGAGGAGAACCCCUUAACUGGAGGGGUGUCUGUCUGCCCCCCUUAUUCCCAUACACUGCAGACCUGACAGCCACUCUAUGUUCUACAAACUAUUGGGAGCUCUACAGGAUGAAUUUCGAGGGUCUGCUGCUGGUGUUUCUGUGGUUCCUUCACGUAGUCUGUGCUGAGGUGAGGAUUUCGUCUAAAUGACCACACGCAUAGCGCCUGCAUAUUCCGUAGCGCUGUAAAAAAAAAAAAAAAGAACAAAAAACUGUACAGGUUGCUGUGAGCUAAAAUGAAAUGAUGCAUGUACUCUGCCAGCUGUGUCUAUUCUGAGUUUAUUUUUAAAGUAUUGAUUAAGACUGUGCCAGGCUUAGGUCUCAUUAACUAAGUGAGAAUACAUUUCUGUUUACCCCACGAGCUUGCAAUCUUUGAUGAAAUGUUGGCAUCCUUUUGAAUUCAUUAUAUAACUAUUAAUGCAUGCAAUACCUUUUAUAGUGGUUUUUGCAUCUAUUUUAAAAUAUAGCAUCCCAGAAUCAUCACCCCCUAUCGAUUAAUGGCAAAUUGUGACUUACCUGUUAAAUUUGUUUAACCUCGUCAGGGUCAGGGUUAGGCAAAUCCCUUGUUAUUGUGACAAGCCCUGUCAUUUCUUGAUGGGUUUAAUGAGUUUUGGUGGAAAGGUGGAGGUAUAAUGAACACUGCUAGCAGGUUGCUUUCCUUGUAGUGUACAUUAAUCUGUAAUUUGGCAAUUCUAGGCAGCAAAUAGGUUAAAAUUAUACAUAAAAUGUGGUAUGCUGUGUUUGCUUUUUGUGUCAGCGUUCUGACGCAUUUUUAUGGGAAAUACUAUAAUAAGUUGUGUUUUUGUUUAUGAAGCACCAUCAUAUUCUGUAGUGCGGACUUAUUUACUAAUGUGUGAAUUGUGAAAGCGUUUCAAAUUUUAGACCAAGGUAUACUGAAAGCAUAUCUGACUUUGGAGUCAUUUUUUCCCCCAGUUCUGUUAUUUUGUCCUAAAAGCCAAAUUCAUUGAAUUCCUAAAAUAAAUCACACUUCAAGGAUUUAUUUGCAAAUCUCCAAAACCUAGCACAUUGAAAUAUUAAUGACAAAAUUCACACUGAAAUUGCUGAUCUGGAAACAUUCGCUCCCAUUUAAUUCUAGUCACAGUUUGGCUAUUUUAACCUUAGUUUUGCCAUUUGGAAUUCUGAACACUAUUCUGUUACAGUUAGCUUGGAAGGCUGGUGGUGAAAAAGUGACGAUUGAGAGUAGAGGUGACCUAGGCAAACCUGUCCACGUACCAGCACUGUGUGUGUACACUGUAGUGUUUGUCCUGCCAGCUGCCUGGGACACACUGAAAUGUGCAGCCUGAGGGAGCGUGUUCUGAGAAUGCAUUUGGAAGACAGGUUACAUUACAGCACGCACACACGCCUCCGAGGCAGGGAUAGUGUAAAAUAGGACUAGAAACAGGGCCACGGGGGAUGGGAGCAAAAUGCGUGAUAAAAAAGAGUAGAUAUAAGAAUAAAAUAUUGAUUAAAUGAAUGGUGUGACAAUAUAGAAUGUUGUGAUUGCCCGGGAUAUCUAAAUUUGUCAUUGUAAGAGUUUGAGAACUAUGUUUCCUAUGAUAACCACCAGCUACACACCUGCACACACCUGUAUUUAGCCAUUACUGGCAAGCAACAACCUAUGGUUUGCGGGGCCGCCCACAAAACCAAAUUGAUUUCCAACCUCAUAUUCCUCCAGGACCUUGCUGAAUUCUUCUUACAAAUCUCAUGUAAAUUGUUGCUUCAGGCCUACCUGGCACCUUGGCAGACUGGCAGAUAUGGCUAAUUUAGCACAUAAUCUUACUGGGUAUUUUAACUGUAAACUGUAUGCCCCCAAACUAAUCUCGAAGUCAAAUUGUACCUAGUAUAUAAUGGACUGCAACGUAACCUUUGACACAAGACUGUUUUCAGCCUUUGUAGUGUGGGAAUCUUGCUAAUUAAUAUCGUUCAUUAACUUUACUUUCAACUAAAAAGCUUUGACAUUCCAGGAUUAGGCAGUCAGAAUGGAGAAUUGUGUAUUGAUAAUUAUAGAGUUCUGUCCAAGAAUUUUUUGCAUUUCACAUCUAUUCUGUCACAGAAUAGUGCAAUAGACAGCAGAAAGUGGUUUUGAAGUUAGCAAUACAAUUACACGUUGCUUCACUUGUUUUGUGGGUGAAAUUUGGUUCUGUGGCUUUCAGAAUUUAUUAUAAACACCAAACUGUUUACAUAGACUUUGCAUUUGUUUUUGACCAGGAAUUGUUUAUAGCAAAUAAUCCACUGUCAUGUGGCUGAAAUGUAGCUGGCGGUGUGCCAGGAUAGCUGUAAUAUUUUAGAUUUGAUUGUGAUCCCAUUUCCCCUGAUUUAACAAUUUGUCUUGGCGAUUUCAUGAACGUUUUGUUGAGGGCUUUCCUUGCAGAUUCAAAGGCUUAUUAAGGGUCUUCCACUGCAGUAAAUACUGGAUGACCUUCCGUGACCGGAUUCCCAUCUGUGUAUAAUGUGCAAGAAUGGUGUCCCCGGCAGGGAAUAAAAUAGUAUGUUAGAAAGUAAAAUAGAUGCCAUUUCUUAUCUGAAGCCUAAAGCUAUGGUUUUUAAAAAAACAAACAAAAACCUUUUCAUCUAUUAAUGAAGCAAAAAGCUAAAGAAAAAAUGUUUUGUGGCUCUUUCAAAGUGCUCAGGUAGCGAAACAAUAGUUUUGGGUUUUUUUUUAAAACUUUUUUCCUUUAUCCGUUUUGUUGAUCAGUUAAUUUGUUCAUCUGUUGCAGACAUUCUCACUUUCUCUGAUCCGUCCCAUGACCACUGCACUGGGGCACUUAGCUCUUUUGAAGAACAAUAGUUGGCACCACACACUGUGGUCCUAGUAUUUCUUUCCUAGAAAGGCCAGCUGCCAAAUGAUUUUCUUAUUGUUCUGAUUUGUUCCAUGCUGCGUUGGCCAAGAAUUUCUGUGGGAGACAAAACUGUCUACAUUUGAACACCUUUAGAAAGGGUGGGAGGGUGCGUAUAGGAAAGUUCAGGAGAUUUGUUAACCUAUGGCUUUUUAUCUUGAAAGGGUUAACUAACAGAUAUUUUUUUUACUCAAAUGUUUAAUGGGAAUGACUCAAAAUCUCCCAUGACUAGGCUGGAAAUCAUUAAAUGAUACUAUAACCUUACAUGUCCAAUGAUGGAACUAUAGCUAACUGUGUUUUCUUGUCUUUGCGAGUCUAUUCCCAGACCAGAUGCUUGGGGUUUUUUUUUGCAUGAGACCUUCAAGGGUACUUUUUCUGUGUAUUGAAAUUUGCAGAGUAGCUGUACAUGAAUACAGUAUACAAUUCCCUGUAGAGACACUUGAGACAGUGCUAUCCAACCGUUGCCCUCCGGUUUCGUUGCAAGUAUCAUCAUCUAAUACAUUACACAAUAUCUUUUGAAGCUGACAGAGUACUAUGUGGGUUGUAACUGGAAGAACAUCUGGAGGUCCAUAGUUGUGCAGCCUGGCACUUCAUGGUACAAUGGUCUGUUUUCUAGUUAAUGCAUGCUCUGGGGUUUUAUUUACAUGAAGAUAAGACUGUGUUUUUUUAAAGAACAGUUUCUUAAACCCUUUAUUUCAAGAAGGUCAUUGGCUUUGUAAAACAUUCAUAACAUUUAAAUCUCAAUAGCAGUUUUGCUUUUGUAUAGUGUUCUCCAACGCAUUGUUACGGAGGACUUCCCAGUGUUCAGAAGCAUUGGGUGGAGGGCUAGAUAGACAGUAUCAAAUAAAUGAUUUUAUACAAUGGAACCUGUAGGGUUUUUCAGGCAGGAAGGGGUGACGUACAACAACAUCUAAACCGCUUACACCCCUGAGCUGCCAGCUGUGCAACAACAGAUUAGGAAAUAAGCUGCAUGCACAAACAUUGGCCAAGAUCCUUGGAUUUUUUAAAAUUAAUAAAUAGUCAAUUAAUCAUCUGAUGGUACUUUAUAUAUUUAAUCACUAAACAACGUUGCCAUGAAGCAGACCAGGAUUAACAAUGAGGUGAUCCUAGGCGGCCAACUACGGCCCAGGGUUCAGACAGGGCCCUGGAACUAUAAAUUUGUUUGGCACCAUUCACUAUCCCUAUUUUAAGAACAGAAGGAGGACCCAAAACAAGUAACCUGUCUAGGGCGCUGUUUGAUCGUAAUCCUUUUAAACACCGGAGAUCGCCUGAUAUGGGCUGUUGGGUUUAAGAGAUCGUUAUACGUGACAGUAGACGGAUGUAGAGGAAUGAAUGACAAGUCACAGAGCUCGUUGUCAUAAAUCAUGAGAUCUUUUCAUCACCUAGUGGGUGUAUCCCACGCAUUCUAAAGAAAGCUUUGUGAAAAAUAUUUAGAUUAUAAAGGGUUUUCAUUUUUGUUCAAAAAAAUAUCACGUCAUCUCAUGAGAAGUUCUUACAUACAAGUUCUACAGAAUAUGUUGUUUAUAAAUACCAAUAAUAAUAAUGAUAAUAUUUUCCUAUCACGGUUUAACAUACUGAAGAAAUUGUAAUAUGUUUAAAUUGGGAAUAUGCUAUUUGUUGUGUUUUGUAAGUCUUUUUCUAUCUCCAUUUUUUUCUCCCGGAACCUAUGGUAUUCUCAUCCAGUGCUGGAAUGCAGGAAAAUCCUUAACCUAUUUGGGUUCAUCUAGACCAGGGAUAAGCAACAUUUGGUACUCCAGAUGUUAUAGACUAUGUCUCCCAUGAUUCUUUGCCAGCAUUAUGGUUGUGAGAGCAUUAUGGGAGAUGUUGUCCACAGCAUAUGGAGUGCCAAAGGUUUUCUACCGCUGAUCUAGACAGUGAGCAAAAGUCACCUCUUGGCCAGCAGAAAUUCCAAGGAUGUUACCUGUUUUUCACACAUUGAUUUAAUAUUAGGGUAAAAUACCCAUUCUGUAUGGAUAGUAUUUUAAGGAGGCAAAAUCAUAGUAUGAUCACUAAAUUAAAAAAUAAAUAAAUUACUGCAAAUCACAUUAACAGUCUUAAAUGUAUUUAUUUUAUUUUUUUCUGUUUUGUUGAAACCCAGGGCCAGUUGUUAAUUGUAAGGUAAGAUAGCUUUCAAUAUGCAGUGAUAUCUAUAGACAAUACCCUGACACUCUAUCCAUGAGAAUGGUCCAUCAAUCAUCGAAAUUUUGUUCUGGCUCACACAGGUGGACUGCAAUACCUACAGAAGAUGCAGCAACUUGUAUGAUUAUUCUUUUGUAAUAUCGCCUAGCUAACACAUGUGCUUCUCUGACAUUUAAUUGGGUUUGCAUAUCUUUUUUGGCAGGGGGACCCCAUUCCAGAGGAUAUGUAUGAAAAGUUUGCAAGGGCAUCCGUCAAGUCUAUAUCGGAUAUACAACGGCUUCUGCAGAUAGAUUCCGUAGGUAAAUCUCUUCAACUUGUAUCUUCAUUCUGUUCCUUUUAAAUUCUGUCCCGCUCACAUGCGCUCCUCGACUCAUUCUCUAACUGUAUCCAGCUUAUAUUAAGUUACAGACUAACCAGGUUCUUGCCAAGUUCCAUUCAGAAGCCAGUAAUGACACACAGUUCUGAUAUGCUUAGAAGCACAGAAUUCCCCUGUGUUAAUGGAAUUAUUUCACUAAAACUUUUUUUUUAAACCAUAGCAGGUUUUGUGUCUGCAACCCCUGUCACUCAUAUAUAAUGGAUUUCCAUACUUUUAUUUUGCCCACACUGUAGAAAAGAUUAUGGAAAAAUGAGAAUGACUCAGACCCACUGGCUGCAGUAGGGGACUAAUCAUAUUUCUACACACAUAUUUCUAGAUUUAGAAAAUCUAUUUAAGUAUGUUCCCUUAAAUGAAAUUUCUAGCUAUUUAUAAAAACACAGGGGAACCAUAUUCUGGUGUUUUUUUACAGUCUAAAAUUGUGUUUAAAUGCAUCCAUGUGUAUGUAUCAAUCUAUUUUCAUAUAUCCAAUUAUAAUAACAAUAGUAUUAAUAAUAUGUGUAUGUAUAUAUAUAUAUGUGUGUGUGUGUGUGUAUAUAUAUAUAUAUAUAUACACAUAUGUAUAUUGUGAUAAAGACCUGCGGGUCGAAACGUUGAUUGCCAUCACUUGCUAAAAUAUAUUGAAUUUUUAAAAUAAAUUGCUCUCAUCUCUUCAUUUUUGUUAUAUAUAUAUAUAUUUGUGUGUGUGUGUGUGUGUGUGUGUAUAUAUAUAUAUAUAUAUAUGUUAUAUAUAUAUAUAAAAUGUGUGUGUGUUAUUUUAGGUUGAUUUAAAAAAGGUAUGAUCAAUUAUUUAAGGUACUUGUUAGUGUGACUUGUUAUUGAUACAUUACAUCAUUAUGACAUCAUCUUUACUGCAUACCAAUAGUCCUCGGUAUUUCCCAAUUCUUUUCCAAUGAGGAUAUUUUGGGUCCAUUGGUUUAGCCAAGAUCCAUUUGGACCUUUAUGUCAUAGAGUUCAAACAACCACAUGCAAGACAACUGCUGGUUCCUUAGGGCCCGUUGAUAAGAGGGUGUGACGCAGAAGUAGUAGUAGUGUUGUUCAUGCAAGGGCUAUAACCACGUAGUAAGAACAUAAGAGUGGCACAAAUAUAGAAAAUAAGAACAAUAACCAACAAAUGACUGGCUCUCUACACCACACAGCAUGAAUAUCAGCAAGAGAAACACAACAAAUAAUUGAGCCAUAAGGAAAGAAAGAUAUACAGAUAUCUUCCGCUAGGCAACAGACAAGUUGAUUCUAAGCCAAUUAAUAAUAGAAGUUCCCUCCUAAGUCAAUGGCUCACUAACACGGGUGAGCAUAACUGGCUGGAAAAGACUGCCAGCACCAGGCCCCUUUAAUGGCUGACUAGGUGAACUACACGAAAUAUUGGAAGGAAAACCCACAACAAAACAAAGAAACAUUACAGGAGCAUUGGUAAAAGUCCUGUCAGUGCUUGAAUUUCUUCAUAUUUAAUAGACUGCGGUUAGAAUGCACCUUUAAUACUUAUAUGGAAUAAACUGUGUGUACAUACAUAUAUUAACAGUGCAUUUGUUUGCAUGUUGAUGCAAGCCUGUAUAUUACUCAGCUGGAGGCAACUGUUUCCUCAUUCCAAAAUACACAAAAACUGGUAGUAAAUAUUUAGGAAUGCAAGCAUGAUACGGAUAGCUGCCUGUGGUUUUUUUUUAUUUAUUUUUUUAUGAAUUUGUAUUUCUAUGUGAAAGGGACGUUUGCAAUAUUCACUAAUAUAUUUACUGGACUAAAGUAUUUUCAGUCUUUAAGGGGAACAAGCUUUCCGAAAACCUUUACUAAUAGUUGAUGCAAUAACAGGAAAGAGUUUCGAGCUUUUUGCUGCAAAGUACUAUUUAUUUCACAAAAAUAAAUAAAUAUAUAUAUAUAUAUAUAUAUAUAUUUCAUUAUUAUUCAUCCAUUUUCUGUCUGUCUCUCCAUCAAUGGAGCAUCCAUCCAUGGGUGUCCGCAGAACUUAUUCCGGGGGGGGGGGCAUAAGUGUAAUUAAAUCCGUGCUAUGCCCCUUUUUUGACAAUGUCAUGAAGGGGAGGCGCACAGUCAUUUUUACAUAAAGUGCAGGCAUGCAAAGGGUUGAGAAACCUGAUGCAGAAGAUUAAUAGAAGAAUCAAGUUAUUAUUAUUAUUAUUAUGAUAUUUAUAGAGCACCGUCAAAUUCCGCAGCGCUUUACAAUGGGUGGACGAACAGACAUGUAGUUGUAACCAGACAAGUUGGACACACAGGAACAGAGGGGUUGAGGGCCCUGCUCAAUGAGCUUACAUGCUAGAGGGAGUGGGGUAAAAUGACACAAAAAGGUAAGGAUAGUAUUAGACUAGUGACAGUUGCAGAAGAGGAAUCAGUCAGGAGAUAUUUACAGUUUAAUUGAUACGCUUUUAUGAAGAAGUGGGUUUUUAAAGAUUUUUUGAAGGAGUGGAGACUAGGUGAGCAUCUAACGGAGGAGGGAAGCGAGUUCCACAGGAACGGUGCAGCCCUGGAAAAGUCUUGAAGGCGAGCAUCAGAGGUGGGAGUACGGACAGAAGAUAGACGGAAGUCUACAGCAGAUCGUAAGGGCCUAGACGGGACAUACCUGUGUAUAAGGGAGGAUAGAUAGGUGGGAGCAGCAUUAUGUAGAGAUUUGAUAGCAAGAACCAGAAUUUUAAAUUGAGCUCUAUAUUUUAUAGGAAGCCAAUGUAGGGACUGACAAAAAGGUGAGGCAUGGGAGGUGCGGGCAGACAGGAAGAUGAGCCUCGCCGCCGCAUUCAUGGACUUUAAUGGAAAGUUGGGAGCACGUAAGACCACUGAGAAGCGGAUUACAGUAGUCAAGGCGAGAGAGGACAGUGGAAUGGACCAACACCUUAGUCGCAUCUGGCGUUAAGUAGGGGUGGAUGCGCACAAUGUUUUUGAGAUGGAAAUGACAGGAUUUAGCGAUAGAUUGAACAUGAGGCUUGAAGGAGAGGUCGGAGUCAAAGAGAACACCUUGGCAGCGAGCCUGCAUGGUGGAGCCGAUGGUAGCACCAUUGACUUGGAGGGAGGGAGACACAGGAGUAACAACACUUGAGGGAGGAAAGACCAGAAUUUCAGUUUUAGUUAGUUUAAGGAAGUGGGCAGCCAUCCAGUUAGAAACAGCAGAGAGGCAGUCAGAGACACUAGUCAAGAGGAAUGGGGAGAGAUCAGGAGAGGACAGGUAGAUUUGUGUGUCAUCUGCAUAGAAAUGAUAUUGGAAGCCAAAGGAGCUAAUGAGUUUACCAAGGGAAGCAGUAUAGAUGGAGAACAGUAGAGGACCAAGGACUGAACCUUGGGGGACACCAACGGAGAGGAGUUGGGGAGAAGAAGCAGAGCCAGAGAAAGAAACACUGAAAGAGCGCUGUGAGAGGUAGGAGGAGCACCAGGAGAGAGCAAUAUCUUGUAGACAGAUAUUGCGUAGGAUGAGAAGAAGCUGUUGUUGAUCAACAGUGCCAAAAGCCGCAGACAGGUCAAGGAGAAUUAGGAUAGAGUAGUGACCACGAGAUUUUGCAGCGAGUAGAUCAUUGGAUACUUUGGUCAGUACCGUUUCCACAGAGUGCUUAGCACGGAAACCAGGCUGAAGCGGGUCUAGCAGAGAGUUGGACUCGAGGAAGUCUGUCAAUCUCGCAUACACUAUUUUUUCAAGGAUCUUGGAUGCAAAAGGCAGUAGCGAGAUAGGACAAUAGUUGGAUGGGGAGUUAGGGUCAAGAUUGGGCUUCUUUAGAAUUGGGGUUACAGUUGCAUGUUUGAAGGGCAAUGGAAAUAUACCAGAGGAGAGAGAGAGAUUGAGAAUUUUAGUGAGAGGUGGAGAAAGAGAAGAAGACAGAGUAUGGAUGAGAUGCGAGGGAAUUGGAUCUAGGGAGCAGGUGGUGGGGCAGGAGGACUGGAGCAGAGCAGAAACCUGUUCCAAUGUAGCGGGUGCGAAUGAACAUAGAACAGCAGACGGAGUGAAGUUAGGGGAAGAAGAAAGAUGAGAGAUCUCUUCUCUGAUUGUAGAGAUCUUGUCAGUGAAGUGAGUUGCAAAGUCUGAGGCGGUCAAGUUAGUAGGUGGAGGAGGAACAGCAGGGCGAAGAAGAGAGUUAGUAGGUGGAGGAGGAACAGCAGGGUGAAGAUGCAUUGGUCUUGUUGCCAUUUUCUGAUUUGAUACACACACUGACACACAUGCCGAUGCACAGACACACAUAAAAACACAGAUGUACGUGCACAAACACAGGUACAAACACACAUGUAGAUACAGAGACACACAGAAGCAAACACUGACACACCUCUAGAUACACAGAUACAAACACUGCCACACAUGUAAAUACACAGACAGAUACAAACACUGUUGUUCAACUUGCUUUGUGCAUUUUUUUUCUAUACACAUGACCAUUUUUAUCCUACAACAAUUUUUGACUACUCAAAUGAAGAUGCAUUGGUCAUAUUCUGCCCCCCAGCACCCCAUGUGUCCUGCACACCCCCCCCCCCAAGCCUCUCCAUGGGUCCUAUUCUGCUCCCCAGCAUCCCUAUGUAUCAUAUUCUGCCCCACCAGAACCUCCAUGGGUCCUAUUCUGCCCCACUAGAACCUCCAUGGGUCCUAUACUACCCCCAACCCCUCCAUGUGUCCUUUUCUGCCCCCCAGCACCACAUGUGUCCUGUUCUCCCCCCAGCAACCCCCAUGUGUCCUGUUUGCCCCACCAGAACGUCCAUGGGUCCUAUACUACCCCCAGCCCCUCCAUGUGUCCUGUUCUGCCCCUAGCAUCCCCAUGUGUCCUGUUCUGCCCCCAGCACCUCACACGUCCUGUUCUGCCCCACCAGAACCUCCAUGGGUCCUAUACUGCCCCCCAGCACCCCCAUGUGUCCUGUUCUGCCCAACCAGAACCUCCAUGGGUCCUAUACUGCCCCUCAGCACCCCUCAUGGGUCCUAUACAGCCCCCAGCCAUCCUAUACUGCCCACCUAGCACCCCCAUGUGUACUGUUCUGCCCCCAGCACCCCCAUGUGUCCUGUUCUGCCCAACCAGAACCUCCAUUGGUCCUAUACUGCCCCCAGCCCCUCCAUGGGUCCUAUACAGCCCCCCAGCAGUCCUAUACUGCCCCCUAGCACCCCCAUGUGUCCUGUUCUGCUCCCCAGCACCCCCCUGUGUCCUGUUCUUCCCCCCCAGCACCCCCUUGUGUCCUUUUCUGCCCCCCCUCCAUGUGUCCUGUUCUGCCCCCCAUGUGUCCUGUUCUGCCCCCCCAUGUGUCCUGUUCUGCCACCUAACAUUCUGUGUUGCCACACACACACACACACUUACCUUUUUCCUUUGUGGGCUGGAAGGGGAGGAGUGGAGGCAGUGCAGUUCCUGCUCUGUUGUAGUUGGGGAAGCAGGUCAGUCUGCAUCAGUAAAGGCAGCGGUUCCGGCUGUAUUUAACUCCGCCCCCGCUGUCAGUUAACUCCGCCCCCUCCCUACGACUUUCGGUUGGCUUUGCAAAUUCAGAAUUGCCGGCCCAUGCGUGUGCGAGCCGUGCAGCCGCCCGGCGCCCUUGUUGCCAUGGCGCCCUGUGCGGCUGCAUAGCUCGCACACAUGGUGUGUGAGCCAUGCAGUGGACCCCAACUGCUCAGUCAGCCCUUUAAAGGGCAAGUACAGAAAUCCAGGGGGGGCAUUAGAUAUGGAGCACAAACCAAGAAAGUUAUGGUGGAGAAAAAUAGUUAUUGAAAACCCCUUCCAUCUGCUGUCAGUGAAUAGUCACUACAUUGUUAAACAGAGAUCUGCACACGAGUCAAGCCAUAAGACUUAUGGCUUGACUGGUGUGCAGGUCCGUGUUUGACAAUGUAUUGACUAUACAUUAGGUAGAUAGAUAGACUCAGUUAUUUUCUGCAACCACGCUAGUUCUAAAGUAUUAAUAAAUGCUGUACACAGAAAGUCCACGUGUGACAGGAUCCAUGCCAGGAGCAUAGUACUUGCAGUACGUCAGGGCUCGCUUUGCUCUGCUGCGACCUCCCUCUUUGCUAUUGUCUCCCUGCGCACGUCAGACCCCUGAACUCUGCUAUCUGUGUCUGGACACAACUUCCCCUCUUUGUCUGUAGUACCAGUCCUUAGUUCUGGCUUGUGCAUAAAGAGAAUUCCUAGCGUUCCCCCCUCCCUGCUCCCCCUCUCUUCUAGACUUAGUCCAGCUGCAGCAGCUGUGUGAGCUAUUAAUAUCAAGCUGGGCACAUGCAUCAAAAUUAAACCUGGCACUACCAGAGGGAACAACUGGGGUCAACCACUGAAGAUGGUAGGACCAUGAUGGAAUAUAUACAAAGCUUAUAGUACCUGUCAUAUAUAUUUACUAAUGUCAUGGUAUCACAUAUCAGGCUGGGCUACUACAGGCAAACCCAUUUAUAGCUCUGUUUCUAAUUUUACAUUUUGUUGAGACAGUUUAUAAAAAGUUUCUACACUCUGUCAUCGACUAGUAAAGUAGUAAGUCUGGCUUCUAAAAAUACCAACAUAGCCAUAUACAAUUGGCGAUUAUUCACUAAAUAUAGAGCAUGCUCCUCCAGCUGUUUGAGAUUCUCACUCAAUUACCUCUCCAUUCCCUUUAUAUUUUACCAAUAGCUGCUUCUCUCUGUUAACUUCUUUUGGCCAUCAACUCCAAGUUUCCCCUGCUACCUCAAAUCUCCAUUUUAUCCUUUAGAUUGUAAGCUCACGGGCUAUCUAGCUAAGCUUUGUAUAAAAGAGCUUCAAUGGCUAGUUAUCAGCUUACGGCAGGGCCCUCUCUACCUCUUGUAUUUGACUGUGUAUAUUGUACGUCCUCCACUAAUUGUACAGCAAUGCGGAAUCUGUUGGCGCUUUAUAAAUACUAUAAAUAAAUGAUUAAUGGUGAAUUGUGAGGAAUUUGACAUAUUAAUUUACAGAUAGUAUAGUAAAUUGUAAAGCUGGGAUUAAAGCUGCUAUUUUGGCCUAAAGUUUGAUAUUUUGUUUUGUGUUCUGGGUCCUGUAUGGUCAUUGGUGGUCAUUCAUGCAACUUCUAGUGACAUCAUAUAUGUAGUGUUAAGGAGAAUAGCCAUUUAAAGAAAUAUACCAGUAUGUAUAAAUCCAUACCUGCAUGAGACGUCUGGUUAACACGAGUACUUAAAAGAUGGUAUUUCCUAUAAGGUGACAUCAAGUCAUUUCUGCCAUGACAGGUGCACUUUAAAAAAACACCAAAGCGUUAGAAAUAUAAACGUAGUUUUACUCCAUAGAUAAACAUAUUGGAAUGAAUAAUUAAUAGCUGUUAGAUAAAUUAUAUUUAAUUCUCUGUAGAUGUUGAGUAUAACGUAUUCCUAUUAUCAUUUAAUUUCCACGCAAUAGGAAAGUUAAAAAUGUCUUAAUUUAUACAUUGUAAAAGUCAACAAAAACAUUUACACUCCCAGCUUAGCAACAAGAUUUUAGUCACAGCUAAAGUGCUAUGUUCUUUAUUCAAAUGUGAGGAUUUAAGGGGCUGGUUUUUUUGGGGGGGUGGGUUUUGCUACAAGGCAGCAAACUUGAUGCCGGGGACAAAUAAAAAAUUGUGUGGCAUAAUUAACGCUUACAUUUUACUUUAAGAAAAGAAAAAAAGAUCUAUUAGAGAUAGUUAUAUACUUAAAAAGUACUGCUACGUUAAAUAAUACAAAUUUAGUUACUUGUAGUAUGUUAAAUAUAAUAAAAAUAUUUGAUGAAAUGCAGAACCAAGAACCGAUUUGUGUGUAAUAGUUGUCCAAAUUGUUUUGUAUUGUAUUUCUGAUUACCUACAGAGAUGCACUCGGGCUUUCUCUGUACUGUUAUGAAUUGUUAAAGCGUAACUCCAAGUACCAUGAUCACUUCAGUAAUUUGAAGGGUUCGUGGUGCUUGGAGUAUUAACACAGAGAUUAGCCCCUCUGCCACCAGAGGUAUAUUCUGUGCAAAUAUUUAUAUACAGAAGCUCAUUGAUUGGCUGAGAGCAGUCAACUGAAAGUGUCAGCUGACCUCCCCCAGCCAAUCAAUGAGCGGCGGGAUCAACAUUCAUCUUCUGCAGAUUGCAGAUGUAAUAAAUCCGCCUACUAAAAGGAUCAGGGGCCUGGUGGGCCCAGGUAAAGAAGCAGACCAUUACAAAACAUUUUGCCCCAUUACCAGGUAACAAGGCCAGGAUGUUCCUGGAAUGAUAUAGAUAGUAAGCUCGUUUGAGCAGGGUCCUCAUCAACCUAUUGUUCCUGUAAAUCUUUUGGAACAUGUACUGUUAAAUUUUCCCUUUUAUAAUAUUGUAAAACGCUGCGGAAUAAGUUGUCGCUAUGUAAAUACCAAUAAUGACAAUAAUCAUGUUAUGAUCACUUGAAUAACCCUUUAAACUUCUGGCAUUAAAAAAGCCAUACUAAAUUCGCCAUAGUAUGAGGAUAUUUUGGCACAGAUUGCAGCUGUUUGGAUUUGCGAUUCGUUAUCACAUUCCUUGCAAAACAAAAAAAGGGCACAACUUCAGUACAUUAACAUAUGCAAAGCGUGCAUCAUGCAUUCUGACUCAUUUUCACCUGAUAUGUAGCAACAGGUUUGCUCUGUAUCGUGAAGCAGUUUUAACAUGUGUGCUGUUAUCUGCAUCAUCUAGGUUAAGAUUUUCCAUGUGCAAAACAUAAUGUAGCUUUAUAGCAAUUUUCUUUUAACACAUAUUACAUAUUUAGCCAAGAAAUAAAGGCUAACGCCAAGCCCUAUAAUAUGGUGACAUUAGAAGCCCCAUCUUAAUUUAGCUGAGACAUCGUUGUCUGAGUAUUUGUCACAUCUUGUGCCAUAUGUAUAUGUUACAGUAAAAGACAGAAGAAAUACUGUGUUGAACACAUCCUCAUUAACUCUUGCUUGUUCCUUUAUUUUUUUUAUUAGCAAUGUCAGAAUUCACCUUUAGAAACAUCUUGGUUAGUCUAGAGCAGGGAUACCCAAAAGGUAGAUCCCAAGAUGUUUUAAAACUACAGCUUCCAUGAUGCUUUGUCAUUCUAAAGCAUUCUAAAGGCAUGCAAAGCACGAUCUGGGGAUCUACCUUUUGGGCAGCCCUUGUCUACAGACUAUGAAUUAACAGUAGAAUAACUGGGAUUCAAAAUGAUUUGGUCAGUUUACACCAGUGACAGUUUUACUUUAGCACACUAGCUGUUGUUCGAAACCGGCUGUCUCAGCUUUAUGUAGUUCACAUCAGCUGGAACGUCUUUUAUACAGUUUCUAAAGUCCCGUGGCUAGCCAGACCCCAAUGUUUGUCCUUGGAGUGUUCUCAUGCAGACUGGGUGUGGUGAAUGGCUGUUUUGGAAACAUUAGCUUUUCAGUGUUACCUAAAAUCUGAAUAAUACCCAUUGUAAUUCUUUGUACCUUUCCCAGCUGAGGAAAAUCCCAAAUAAGACUCUGUCCCCAUGUAGCAGCAGGGAUAAAAACUAGAAUGUGCAUUUUAUGUCCUUAGGAUUAAUCUCUGUUACUCACAUUUUAAAGUUGUUGUUUUUGGGGACGUCUGUAUAAGAACUGUGUUCUUUUUUUGUAAAUUAAAAAUUGGAGAUUAGCUCUUAUUUGUAUUUGCUUUAACAUUAAAUCAGGAUGACUUAAAAUAAACUUACAGAUGUUUACAGGCCAUACAGUGGGCAGACACAACAUACAAUUAAUUAGUGUCAAAACAAGAUGCUAUUUUAGAACAAAAGACAAACGGCUGGGCUUGGACAGAGGGAGUAGCUACAUUGUAAACAGUAAUUAGGGUAAACUCACAAGGUUAUUCUCUUAAAUGCAAAUUGUUGGGAUUUAAAUUUUAAGACAAUAUGGCCAAAGUAGGAAAAGUAUCCAAUUCAAAAAUUUUCAUUUUGUCUUUUUUUUGGCCUAAAAGUUAAAAUUUACUUAGCAUUCCUACCAAUGCAAACUGGAAUGCAUAUUAAUUCCAUUCAUUAAAAUUGUGAGUUCUAUUACUGAAUAGAGGGAGAAUCACUUAUAUUUUAGGAGUUAUUUUGCUAUGAAAAGAUAUGGUAAUAGCAAUGAGCAGCUGCCAAGGCUACUAUAUUUGACAAUGGUAUUUUUCUUGUAAUGCUGUAUAUUUUAAGGUACUUUUAUAAUGCACUCUUUUGGUCCUUUGCACUUUCCUACACUCUCUAAAUCUCUUAUGUAUCCACUCUGACAGAUGUCGAGGAAGAUAUGAACCACAAUUCUAGGAAUGAAACACAAAGUUUGCCUAGGGCUAAUUCCAGCCACUCCCGGGUCAUCCGCAGCUUAGGUAAGAGAGAGAGAGAUAAAUCUGUAAACUAAAUCACUACUGAAUGACAUCAACUAUGCAUGACUGAGAAAUUACAUCAUACAUGUUUUGUUACGUGUCUGACCAAUAACCGUUAUCCAUUUAACCAAACAUAACAUCACAGCAAUGUCCGUGUAUUGCCCGAACAAUGGAACAAAGAGAUGUCCUGAGGGAACUGCUAAUGGGGUCGAUCACUUGGAGCCACAUUCCUCUUGGGACAGCAUUUUGUGUCAUCCAGCAACUCCACUUUAGCCAUCACUGCUUUUCUUAUGACUUUAGAAUAGUCCUCAUCUUGAUCUAGGUUGCUCAGAUAGCAAACUCUUGAAUGGAAGUAGAAAGCCACUAAUAGACUAGAUACAUCUAAUUAUAAUCAAGUUAUCACUAGUAAGAAUUUGAAUUCCCUCUUCUGAGAUCUUUUUCAGUUUUUGAGAAGAACCAUUCUUAAAAAUCUAUGUAAUUUUACAUAUAUUUUUGGUAGCAGGCCUGAUGUGACCAUCUGGAACCCAUCGUGAAAUUUCUUGACAAUUUCCUGGCAAUGCUUUUUCUAUAUUACUUUGUUCUCAAGCUGCAGAGCCUUGACUAUGCAGUUUCUUAAUGCAUAUAUAGCAGUUUCUUAAUGAAUUUCCCCCAAAAAAUGUUUUUUGUUUUAAAUUGGUGUACAGCCUUUUCAUUUUAGAAUGAUUUAUAUGUGUUGUUGACACUGUUCAUAACAGUCACAGUGAUAGGAGACAGUACAUGUUGUAUUGAUGGAUCAGACAUGUAUAAACAAUAUUUAAAGGAAGGAUAUAAAUUAAGCAAAGAAAAAACACUACCUGCCAGAGGAUUCUUUCCAAGGCCCAUGCUAUUUUGUGGAAUUUUGCCAAACUAUAAAUGUGUCUUGCUAGUUUGAGGAGAUCGUAAGCUCGUUGAAGCAGGGUCCCCACUAACCUAUUGUUUCUGUAUCAUUUUGUAAUUGUCUUAUUUACUGUUAAAUAUCCCUUUCAUAACAUUGUAAAGCUCUGCAAAAUAAGUUGGCACUAUAUAAAUGACAAUAAUAAUAAUAAGACCUCCCUCACUUUAUUUAGCAUCUUAUCAGUAUCCCUAUUUUACAUUUCAGAUGUUCAGAUGGCCCAGAUGGCAGAAUGCAAAACAAGGACUGCAGUGUUCGAAAUCUCCCGCCAACUUGUGGAUCCGACAAAUGCUAAUUUUCUAAUAAAUCCUUCCUGCAUAGAGGUUCAGAGGUGUUCUGGGUGCUGCAUGUCAUCUAAUUAUAAAUGUGUUCCAGUGCGCGUCCACGUCCGAAAUGUGCAGGUAUUGCUCACUCUUGAUUUUCCUAUUUGUACUUUAUUAUAUUUUCUUUCUUAAAACGAAAAUGAUAAAUAUCCUUUAAAUGGGUAUUCGUCAGGAAAAUGCUGGCAAGUUUUGGGGAAUGCAGGUUCCUAGAAUGCCAUCAAUACAAACCUUCUGAUUGUUAGAUGGCACAAUACAGUUCCAUGUUUAAAACCUGGCAUCUGUAUUGGAAAUGACAUUGCGGACUGUAAAUAUGUUUAUUUCAAUCCUCCUUCUAUUUAGCAGCACUUGACUGAGCUGUUACUGGAGGAAGGAAAUGGUGACCUAAUUUAAUGUCCCCCUAUGUUUGAAACAAGUGACUGACCAAAGAUCUAGUGGAGAAAUGUAAUCCUCCAUUGUGUGAGAACUAGGCAGAAGCAGAACAGAAAACAAAUGGGACAUGAAAUUUUAAGAAAUCAAGCUGGUGUAUACAUGUCAUUGGUAGGAUAAAAAAAUAACUCCACUAAAUAGCAACCAAUUCUGUGCAGUUUGAAACAGCCUUAUUUUUUAAGCAUACAAAAGACUAGGCAUGCCAUCCAACUGAGAACUCCAGCUAACUUCCAUGCCUUUGCAACAUAUAAAUAUGUUUUACGAUAUGUAGAUAACAACCAGUGGGAGGAAAAAACAAUUACCAACAUUGCACCUGGAAUGCAUUUGUCCUUUAGAACUCUGAUACUCUUGUUCCAAUGUUGGUUUUGAGCUGCUGCCAAAAUAUUUCAUAUCAGGUGCACAUAUUUGGCUUGAAACAAAUGAACUCACUCAAAAUUCUUUAAAAUGAAACAUGAAUGACAUUAACAUAGUAAUACCCUUCACAAAAGCAGGGUAGUGUUAAUCUAUCUCUUUGCGAAAUUACAUUUAAAUAAAAAAAAAAUCUUUAUUUAAAUAACAAUGCACAAGAAGAAAAACUGCCCACAAAGAAUUUUCAGCCGCAAGAGGACAGAAUGAUAAAUUGCAGACAUACAUGCGUUAUGCGUUAUCAGUCUGCUUGUCAUAAUAUUUUAAGACAUGUUUUAUAAACCAAGGAAACUUGAGCUUUUUAAGAACUGUCCAUAAUGUGCAUACAAUGAAAUGAUGGCUUAUCCUACUGAGAGCCACAUUCAGUUAAAAGAACGUUAUAGGGUCAGACAUGCAAAUGUAUAUUCCUGAUCCUAUAGUUUUAAAAACACUAUUUAGGUGGCCGCCCCUCCUUGCUCUCCUUAAGUAGAUAGAAAACUUGCCCUGCCUUGCUCGAUCUGCCACCCCAUACCCCACCUCCGAUCAUCAGAAUUGAUUGUCUCAGCCAAUCUAAUUCUUUCCCAUAGGAAAAUUGCCACACUGCACCACUCAACAUCUCCUCAUAAAGACGCAUUGACUCAAUGUAUCUCUAUGGGGAAAGUUUAGUGUCUCCACGCAGAGCAUUCUGCAGCACUGACCCAGGAAGCACCUCUAGUGGCCGUCUGAGUGGCUGCCAAUGGAGAGCAAUGUAAAUGCUGCCUUUUUUUCUGAGAAGGCAGUGUUUACACAAAAAGCCUGCAGGGGUUGACUAUACUCACCAGAACAACUAAAUUAAGCCGUAGUUGUUCAGGUGAUUAUAGUGUCCCUUUAAUAAAGCCCAUUUAUAAAAAGUGAGUGUCCACUUUUUUUUCCAAGCAUUUCUAAAGCAAUUAUUCCAAUCUGAGUAGACAAUGUUUGCUUUCAUUUACUUUAUGGUAGAGUUGUCCCUGAACAGAAGCCAAUUCACCAUUGGGGGUAGUUUGCAGGAAAUUUGUGUGCUUUGGAAAAGUUAAUAUUUUUUAUGGAAAAUUCAUAGCUGGAUAUUUGUUUGCUGACAUCUUUGCUUAUGGAAAUUGGACAAUGGAAAUAACUACUAUUGGUUUUAUUACGACAAAUGCAACAUUGCUUUGUUCUUUGCAUUAUUAUACUUUCAAACAAAAGUAUUCUUUCUACCACUCCUAUAAAUAUGAACAUUCCAUACAACUCUGAUAAAAUAAUCAGCAAAUCUGAGAUAUGAAUUAUGGAGCAAUUGAAAGUAGCAGCUCUUUUAGAUUGUUUGAUAGAAGGUUAUAGCAGUAAUAGGAAAAUUUCUCAUUUAGUGGGUCCUUGACCAAAUUUCUCAUCACAUGUUCAGGUUUAUUUGUACUAUUUUUUCUGCUGCUCUCUUAUUACUGUACAUAUGAACUAUUGAUAACAAAAUAUCUUCAUUUCAGAUAAUGAAAAUUACGCCGGGUCGUCCCAAGAAUAAAGUAGAACUGGUUGUGAUUUCCGUAGAAGACCAUGUGGAAUGUAAACCUGGACCUGUUAAUUCUGCUGCACCAAGAAGCCACCACAUCCACCAGGAGGCUAAAGGGGUAGCAGGUAAUUGAAUAAUGUCCUUAUGAUGUUUUUUUUUUUUAUCAGUUUCUCUCUCACCUAAUUAACAUUGUAAAAGGUUCUUAUUGUCUCCUAGCUAGUUUGCCUAGUCUCUAAUGAUCCAUCAUUACAGGUACCCCUCAAACAACUGUGCGUCCUGCUACGGUCUCUCGAAAAGAAGAGUCUCCACUCCGAGCAUCAAAGAGGAAAAAUAGAAAGUUCAAACAUCUGCCCAGCAAGAAAGAGCAAAUGCAACUAUUGGUUACGUAGCAAACAUAGUAAUGGCUCUUAUCUAUAUCGUUCAACAGGUGAGAAAUGGGAACUCAACCAAAAUAUAUUUUUAAUGUUAAAAUGUCUGCUCCUCUUGAUUAAUCAACACUUAUUUUAUUUGAUAACAGUGUAUAUUUUGGUUUGCAUUGAUAGAUUGAAAAUGUAGCAUUGCAUAGGGUUCCAUAAACCACAUUAAAUAAAUGCACAGUAAAUGUUUUAUUUUAAUUAGUCUGGAUCACAUAUAGCCACAAUGAAUGUCUGACUUACUUUGCCUAUCGAUAAUCACUUACAGUCUUUAUCUAAAGGGCAGUACACAUUUGAAAAGCUAUUCUGGAGGGUGUGGUAGAGACACAUAAAUUAAGUAAAUUCAGAUGCCCAUGGGUAUGUCUAAACCCAACAGGGGCAUUCAUCGAUGUGGAAUUGUCAACAAAAUCAGGGAAUUACAUGGUUUAGGUCAAUACAGCAGAAUGGAAGACAUAGCUGAUUAUGAGAAUUUAAUUUGUUUUUGGAAUUAAGCUAUUUUUGCCUUGAGUUUCUAACAAUUCACGCUGUAGAGAAUUACCCAAGUCCAUGGUUUUAGGGAGAGAAUGUAAACACUAUUAACCAUUUAAUUCUUACAUAUUCAGUUAAUUAACAGUAUUCUAUUUGCAUUUCUUUCAGGCUCCAAUGGAAAUGAAACACAUUUGGCCCCUAUGGGGUCAUCCUAACGUCAUUUCUGACUGUCUGCUUCAAACACCUAUCCUGGAGCUGGUGCUUUAUGAUGGACUGAACAAGAAUAAUGCCUUCAUGCUCUUUGUUGAUCCAUCCAGGUGCCCUUCAGGCAAUGAGGAGACAGAAUAUGAAUGCACAUGGCUGCAAAGAAAAAUGCCAACAACCACUAGAUGCCAAAUCCUAUGCAAAUUUAAGUGACUUAAAAAUGACCCAAAAAGAAGGGACACCCUUUUUUUGGACUCACUGGAUGUAUAUUGCUACUUUAUUUAAUUGCCUUUAUUUUGUAUUUUUAUAAAUAUAUAUAAAUAUAUACAUAUUUUUGUAAAAAGUUGUUUCUUUUGCUGAACUUGCACGAGGCAGGACAGAGUCUGGAAAAGAGAAUGGAACUGACUCCUAGUGGAUUCGUCUGCAUGAACCCUGUAGAUUUUCUAUAACCCCCAGGUCUAGUCUGGCAAGCAAGAGGUUAAUGGCUUGUAUUCUAAGCUAUUAUUUCAGCCCUGAGAUCUGUAAGGUGCUCUCAAAAUGUAUGAUAGCAGAUCACUGGUCAAUAAAUGUAGCUUCAAAUCAUCCUGUAUCCCUAUCCCCUCCACACCACCUUCUUUCUUGUCUGUUAAUGUGCUUCUUUUUCAGUGUCAUUGUCUUCAGCUUUUCUUUUGUUAAUUCCUUUCUCUUUGCACACAGCUCUGACUGUCAACAAAACUCAAAAAUAGUGGUUUAUAAUGUAAAGUAAUUUAUAUUCAGUAUUUAAUUUCUACAACCAACAAGACUUUCUUUAAUUUGUAUUAAAAAAACAACAAACAGUUGAAAUUACCUGCUUUUUUUUUACGAUUGUGAUGGAAAAACGUUUGAAUAUAAACUGGUUAAUAAGCAUGUAGGCAGCACACAUUUCGAUUGACACACACACACUUUACCACUCACCCAG